AUGUCGGCUGGCACUCUGGACAUGCAAGGCAAGAAUUCUUAUUUUGUUUCAGGUCAAAUUGACGGAAGUAAAGACUUUACGGUAGACGGAUUGGGUAAUUUUAGUAAAAAGAAAAAGAAAAAACGACGCCAUAGGACGAUUUUCACGAGCUAUCAACUGGAGGAACUGGAAAAGGCCUUCAAGGACGCACACUAUCCGGACGUGUAUGCCAGAGAAAUGCUUAGUCUCAAGACGGACCUUCCCGAAGAUAGAAUACAGGUAUGGUUUCAAAAUAGAAGAGCGAAAUGGAGGAAAACGGAAAAGUGCUGGGGUAGAAGUACAAUAAUGGCUGAAUAUGGACUGUACGGGGCGAUGGUGAGGCAUUCCCUUCCGCUGCCUGAAACAAUACUAAAAAGUGCAAAAGAGAACGAAUCGGUGGCUCCGUGGCUUUUAGCUGUGAAAAAGCAAUCUGAGUCAAUACCCACUACUUUCCUGCAUUCACCCCAGCCAGACGACCUACUUAAUAACUUUAGAAGAGAACUGAAAAAUGGGAUGCAUCGGAAAUCAAUAGAAGCCGCUCAACAUCUCAAAGACCAAGAGAACUGCAAUAGUAACAGUAGCGACCACGAAGAGACGACAUCAAUGAGAACGGAGGCCAGCGAUACCAGUGUGGCGUCAAAUCAGCAACAAAAGAACGGCCACACCAGUUCAUCGAACCCGGUCUCCUCGGAUAAAGACUCUCACCACAACCAAACCUUCCCAGAAGAUCCAGAAGUGUUUCGAAACAAUUCGAUCGCCUGCCUGCGCGCGAAAGCGCAGGAACACAGCGCGAAAAUAAUGAACAAUCACGGUGCAAUGUUACAAGUACGGUCACUAACGAGUUUAGCAGGCGGGCAACAGAGCUGUGACGCAAACGCAAAUAACUUACAUCAUGCGGAGGUUGUGAAUUCGGAUACCAGUUCGACUAGUAUAUUUUGACAUAGUAACUCAGACAAUUGAUGAAAUCUUUAAACGAGUCCUUGUUUAGUUAGUUUAAUUCACCGGUUUGGUUCAAAGCAGAAGCUGCAGUCGUUUCCUGUAUACGACGAUAAACGCAUUUUUCAAAAAGUUUAACCACGUGGUGCUGUAACACGAUUUUACUAUGCCCAAACCAUUUCGUUGAAAGAAAUGAAGUUCAAUAUUCAGGAACAUAACUUUUCGAAAAAACGCUAUAGUCGCCACUUCGCUCUUCAUUGCAAAACGAUCAACUUGCAUUGAAUGGUAGCAGUGUGCAAUGGAAGAACUUAAUCUCAGAACAUGGAACAAGCCAUGUCUAGUUCUUGAAAAAUUGAACAGCAUUAUUCUUAAUGAAACGGAGCCCCUCUCCAACAGCAAAGUGAGUGACCGCGAGAGGGUCUUUUUUAUAAUCAGAGUCAAACAACCACAAACAUUGUUAUAAAAUCAUUGAUCGAACGAACAUAACUUCGGUAAAUACAAGUCAUAGAUACAUAGUUUGUGGAUAUUUGAUGCAAUACGUGCAAUCCCUUGUUGAAGGUCUGACAAAUUAUUGUAUAAACCACAAAUAAUGUAUCAGGCUCAAGUUGCACUUUGUCUCCUUUUUUGACUAGGUACAAUUUUCACUUACUGCAAUAGCAACUUAUUAUUCAUUUUAAGCAUUCUAUGUUGGUAUUUUAUAAACAGAUACAACGAUUUAAAAAAAUUGGUUCAAAUUUACAACGAAAUGGAGAAAUAAUACAAUAAGCAAAGCAUUUCACUUAAUUUACAAGCUAAUCUAAUCUAAAGUUGUUCUUAUGUUAAAGUGUUAUAAGUGAAAUACAAUUCUAAUUAGACACCGAAUGCAACGAAAAUGAGAAACGCGUUUCUACUCCUGGCUUGACCAUUUUUGAGUCUCAUAUAUAUUUUUGAUAAUUUUGUAUAUAUGUAUUAAAAUUUUUUACAUACUUUACUUCACCUAACAUGUAUAAUCUCCAUAUUUACAUGUAAUUUAUUAUAACAUUUGUAUUGUUGUGUACAUUUUUAUGUAAAGUUCCCGAUUAUGUAGUGGCAGGUAGUGUACUUAAUAUACUAUGUGUGUUACAUUCACCUGUGAAUAAUGUAAAAAAAUGAUCUCCUAAGCCUAAUGUGAUCGAGGUAAAAUUGUACGCCAUAAGAAUGGCGGCAGAUAAUUGUGCUCCACAUGUUUGAACGGAUGCUUACACGUAUAUUUAUUGGGUAUGAAAAACCACACACUUUUUAGGUAUUAUGAUAUUAUUGAAGUGCAAAUGUAUAAUUCCCACGUACCUAUUAGAGUAGAAAUUUGUAGAUAUAUUAUAUCGUAUUAUUUAAAAAUAAAAACAAAUUAUAGUGUUUUAUU